AUGGACAUGUUGGUGAGCUCUGUGUUUGGCUUCCCAGACUACGAAAGCCUUUUGACGUUGAACAGCAAUGGCACCGCCCGCUUCUAUGCGGGCAUGGUGAGCAAAGAGCUUGGUGCGUGGUCGGUGAUCGAAGGUGAUCCAAAUGAAGGCGAGGAUCCGAGCGAUUUAUAUCUGGAAUGGACCCAGCCCCUCACCGACGCUUACAAGGAAGCCUUUACUGUGCCAGGUGGCACUGCCUUCUGGCGAGGGAAGCUGAACUUCCGGACUACCAAAUCCAAGAAGCAGAAGGUCUUUGUGGAGGGUGGCAUCAUUGUUUCAGAGCGAGAGGAAGGCACGAAGUUGGUGCGUGAAGGCAUUUUCUCUGCACAAACCGCCAGUGCCAAGAUGAUUGAGGAGACCCAACGCAAGGCCCGCGAGGCCUUUGCACGAGCCGUCACCACACCGAAGGCUGAGACCAGCGGCUUCAAGACUCCUGCGAGGAUCGCUGGCGCGGGUGGCACGCGCGUGAAGAAGGCCCUGCCUGGCACCUCCAUCGGUGGGAAGUUGGACAAGGCUGAAGCUGAUGUCCUCGAUCUUUGCGAGACCGCAUGCGAUGUAGCAGCGGAUUUCUUAGGGCUCUCAGACGAUCAGGUGCAAGAUGCUUUCGAAGGAAUAAGGGUGGAAAGGCAGGAAGUACCAUUAAGGAUGGAAGAUCCUCCUGCAGAAAUACAACCAGACCUGAACCUUUUGUGGCACAGCGGCUCACUAGAUCCUAGUCAGGCGCAGCCACAUGAUAGUGGCGAUGCUGCUGUCUCCAGUUCAGUUGGCAUACAUGAGGCCGGCAUGGGUACAACUCCAAAGUCGACCGCUCCAAAAUCGCGAGAGAGCACGGCUAGUGUUCCAGUUAGCUCGAGCACUGCCCGCAAAGCUGGGGUGCCAGCCGCCUUUGCUACUCGCGUGCCCAAGGCGGUUGAACCUGUGAAUUUGCACCCGCCAAAGAUGCAGGCUCCAGGGAUUGGAUCAACACAUCCCAUUUUACCAGUCCCGUCCAUGUUGCCGAUGAUGCCGCCUCCUUUGCCAUCAAUGCCGUCGACGCCCAUGACGCCGGGGAUGGCCCACUUACUCGCCUUAGCGAUGCAGCCAGCGAUGCCAACGAAUGCUCCCGUUGGAGCUUUUCCAGCACCUCUCACAGCUCCAACAGCUCCAACAGCUCCAAGAGCUCCACCUCCACCGGCUCCACCGGCUCCAGCAGCUCCAGCUGUAGCAUUUUCGGGUGCCCUGCCACGACCGAAGCAUGGUGGACAUACUCUUGAUGCUCACUUAGAGGUGGCCAGGCUGGCGCAGGCUUGGCUUGAUCGAGGUUCUCGGGCUGAGAAGGACAAAUCUGAUAAGCGCAGAAUAAAGCGGAACAAGGCAGAAAUUGACCCUUACCUUCCUCCAAGAGAGCCUGCACAAGAGGAUGAUCCAUAUUCGGUGAUGCUUGCAGAGGCAGAAGCUGAAGAUGCUGCAGAGCUUCCGGAGAUGCCACCUCCGACAAGCAUUUCUGCUCACAAGCGGAAAGCUUCUCAAACGGAUGCGCUCUCGCUUUCACCGCCAGGCCGUCCAGCUAAAGUUGCCGUGAUUGAGGCUGAAGCAAAGGCCGAGACGGUGAAGUCUGACUCAUCAGAAGCUUCAGACUCUGAAGAGGAGGAAUCUGAAGAGGAGGACGCGGAAGAUGACGACAUCGAGGAAGUUCCUGCUGAGGUUGGAGAUGGGGAAGCUGCCAGGCUGGAACUCUUCAAGCUGGGUGCCAAAUGCUGUAGCGUGGUUGCUCACUUUGUGGGUGGUCAAAAAGCUUCGCUUCCUGAGAACCGAAGGUUGGAUAUCGACCAACGUGUUCGCUUGGAGCACUGCCGGAAGCAUUUGCAGUGGGCGGGCGACCUUGCUACGGUAUGGCACUUGGCUUUGUCCGAUCUGCGGGAGAAGGUUGCCUGGACAACGUUAUGUACAUACUUUGUCUCCCGCAAGCGUGUGGGAUUAGCAGAGCUAAAGGGAGGCGUUGUGUACAUCGUACCUCCAGAUGAUACCUUUCUGUCAGAGCUGGGUCUUCCUGCUGCUGCGGAAACCUUGGCUGGAAGCUUGCUGGGGUUGCAGGUGCGCACUAGUGAGCUUCCAACGGAGGAAUCCUUGCAAGAGGAGGUUGGCUUGAAUGAGAAAGAGGUUGCCAAAGAAGCGUCGCAAUUAUCGACCUAA